GGGAAGGGGGAAAAGAAGGAGAGAUUCAUUGGGAGCUGCUGGAGUAGUUGUGUGGGCUGUCUGGCGUUGCAGGGCUCUGGACUUUGGGGGGGCUCCUGGGAUCUGGGGUCAGUGGUGACGCUGCUGGCACAUUGUGUGCACUUGCUGCUCGGAGAGGACGGUCUGCAGAGCCUGGAGGUGGCCAGGCUGGACACCUGACCCUCCCUGGGAUUGCACCCCUACCUCUACAGCACCCCCGGUCUAAGGGGGCACCUACUGCUCCAUUACCCCCAGCACCUUCCAGGGAUCAGACACCCUCCACCCCCUGCUUGGAUCACCCACCCCACCUGGAUCAGCCAGCCCCCGCCAUGGACACUGCAUCCACCUCAACUUUUGAUUCAGAGGAUGGAACACCGAACUACAGACGGAGAACAGUGGAGGACUUUAAUAAGUUCUGUACAUUUGUGUUGGCAUAUGCUGGAUACAUACCUUACCCUGAAGAGGAGUACCCUCUCCGAGCAGGCGCAAGCCCCCCCAACAGCACAGGAAGUACAGUGGACAGUGACAGCUGGGAUUCUAGGUUCCAGGAUGUCUCAUCUAACGGCGUUUUGCCAAUCAAAAAGCGAAGAAGUUUUGGAGACCUAAAACAUGACAGAUCCUACCCAUCGAUGCUGAAACACGCCAAGCUCAGCAGCUUUCUCCUGGAUCGGAAGAAACUGGACAAGAUUAAGAAAAAGAAAAAGCUGAAGAAGAGGGAGCAGGCGGAGAAAGAGGAAGCCUAUCUGAAGGCCAUUAUAAAAAUAGAGCCGGAGGACAACUUGCCAGAAGAGAUGACUCCUGCUCCAGUCCUGGAUCACCCCCUGGAUCUUAAGAUGUCUCCAGCACACGAGAUGCCGGACCCGAUGUUCGAGAGCUACAAUGACAGCAUGGACAGUGCUUCUGUCAAUAUGGCCUCUUACGACACAGAUGAGAUAAAGACUGAGUACACCGAGGUGAACCUGGGGAAAAGAACAGUCAUACGGCAGGGAAAACAGGUGGUUUUCCGGGAUGAAGAUGGCACAGGCAAUGAUGAAGACAUCAUGGUGGACUCGGACGACGAAUCUUGGCAUCUUGUCACCUGUUUCUGCAUGAAACCCUUUGCUGGGCGGCCAAUGAUUGAGUGCAACGAAUGCAACACUUGGAUUCAUCUAUCCUGUGCCAAAAUCCGCAAGUCUAACGUUCCAGAGAUCUACGUUUGCCAAAAGUGCCGAGACACCAAAUUCGACAUCCGGCGAUCAAACCGCUCGCGCAUGGGAUGUAGGAAGCUAUUCUUGGACUAAAAAAAAAAGCCAGGAAGCAGGGAGGCCGUGUGCACAAGGACAGCGAACAACGAGCGACGCACACAGGCCUACUCCCACUGCACAGAUCACCUUUUUAUCCUUUCGGAAACAAGCAAACAAUGUUUGUUUUAAAUGGGCACAUGUUUAUAGACUGGUUAAUUUUUUCUUACCCUUUUUUUCCCCCCCUGUUAUUAUUAUUUUGAUGGCCCAAAGUGACUUUAUUGCAAGUCUGCUACUUCUGAGAGCAGGCCGGCGAGAUUUCAUACGUUGUGAUAUUGUGAACAUCUGGCAGCGGUGGUGGGGGGGGUUAAAUGCAUCUCUUGCAGAAAUUUUAGAGCAAUGACCCUUUCUGUUCCUCCCAGGUAGUCCCACAUAAUCCACUGGACGGAAUUCAGCCUAAACAAAAUAAAAUGUUAGUGUAGGAACAGGUAUGUCCCACUUACAGUCUCUGAAGUCCGAUGUAAUUAUACAGAAAACAAACAAAAACAAGAGUUUGGUAAAGAAGACCAGGCCUCAUUGUUAUUAUUAUUAUUAUGUUUUGCUUUUUUAUUUAAUAGAGAUUUUCGCUGUUUCUUGCACAGCCACUACAUAAGAUUGUUGUGAAUAAGUACAAAACUUAUAAUUUCUCAAUAAAUGUUUUUCUUUUCUUUAUUUCCCCCUCCGUUACAUUUACCUAGUUCUAGAUAUUUUUUUGUUGUUGUAGUUUAUCUUCUUUUUAGAAAACUAUACCAUGGAGGCUUAAUUUCAGUUAGCUGGGGCAUUCAUUUAUCUACCUCUGUCCAUGAUGCGCCAGAGGAGAGACCUUGAUUUUUAUCACGAGAGAGGUAAUUUCCUAUAGGCCUCCAUACACUGACGGAAAUACGGACCUGGGGUAUUACUUAUUUUCUUGCCCUAUAGAAAACACUUCUGACCCCAAAUUACUGCUUAAAAUUGGUUUCUGUGAUUAGCGGUGAAGUUAUGUUGCAGUCUUAACCCCAUUCUGUGAAAUGGAAGCCAGAUGGCUAUUACUGCAGAGGUUCUGAAUCGCGGACCUGCUACUAUCCUUCUAUAGAGUACCCAAGUAUGCAGUAUAGCGGUCAGACUUUCCUGUUAUCCUGCUGUGCGGGCUAUAAGAGGUCUGAGAGUGCGCUGGAUAAAAUGAUCCCUCCUGGGGAAAUGUUAGCGGAACCAGGGACAGGUCUACGUGACUUAUUACGUGAUUAGGGUAUAUUAUUUUCCACAGUUGGAAAUACAUUGUUUUAAAAUCUUUUGUGUUCCAUGUAUUCUUUAUUCUCUCUUUUUUUCAACUGGGUACAUGAAUAUGAAAAAAAAGGAAUUGAUCACAUUCAGGAAUAUGACAUUAAUGUUGGUGAUACCUGGGAUUCUGCUUUGGAAAGAGUGCAGCAAUACAACACUAAAAAAUAAACUCCUUUUAAUUGUAAGAAUCGAGUAGCCUGUGGCACUACAAAUCCCACCAGAGGCAGAACGAAUGACAAAUUAAAACCUAAAUAUUGAACUUGGGGAAUGCUAUGAUUUUCAAAGCACUAAUACUGCCCCAAUACCUGUUAGCCUGUUGAUAUACUGCAGGGGGCGAAUCUUCCUAUCCUGUGUACUAAGAACUUCAAAUAAUUGUGUAACCGGAAGUGAAAUCCUAUGGAGCCACAUUGCUCUCCCUGUAUCAUUUUCAUUCCACUUCCCAAUCUCACCUCUCUAGCCCCAUGUUCCCCCUGUGGGAAUUUCGCUCUCUUAUGGCUCUAAAUAAUUCCUCUUACUGGAUCGGACUUGGAUACCAUAGAAACCAUACCAUAAAAGAAGCUUUCAAUGUAACUAAUAAACAACAUUGCCCUUGUCUCACAGAAGCAAGUGAGCUAGGACAGAAUGCCCCCAGGCUAAGGCAGUGGAUCCAGGCUUAAGGCAGAAUAGCAAAUAAUAAAAUCUCAUCCUUUUAAACACAGGUUUAUAAAUGUUACGCUUUAUCAUUGUGCUAGGUUUACAUCUUUCUGUAGGGAACCGAAUUAUCUAACCCAGUAAAUAGAAAUCCUGGAGAGAAUAUAAUGGGUAUUAUGUUGCCUUUAAAAAAUAAAAAAAAUAAUUAUUUAGUACAGAGUUUUAAAAUAUUUUCCGUUGGUUGAAUUUUCCGCGUUCUGUACGGAAGAGAUCCUGGUGGAAUGAUAACGCACAUUUCCUGGUAUCUCGAAUUAAGACUGGCCAAACACUGCUGCUCCACCAAAUGUCUCUGCAACCACAGAACACAAUGGGCAGUGCCUGUUGAUACCCUUCAUCCCUGGCCUGCUUAUAAACCUGUAGCCAUUAGCGAAGAGAUUCUGUAGCCUCUAAUUAUAUUUUGCUGUUGUAACCCAUUUAAUCCCUUUGCUGCCAGGGCUACUACAUAACCCUCUUAUUUUGCCAUCCAUAAUUCCUGCACUGUGACCCCCAUUCACAAAGCACUGCUACAGCAGUGGAUUCUGGAAAACAAACUAUUGCUCUAUAAACACAACUGUCACGCUGAAAAAAAAUAUACAAUGUAUAUUAUACCUGACCAAACGAAGCAGUUAUGUGACCUGUAGAUUUGUCUGUUCUUCUUCGCACAUAUCUGUAUCAAUUGUUUGCACACGUAUGUGUAAAGUGUUAAUGUGUUUUAUUUUCUGUAAGGAUACACAGGGCUUAUAUAAUGAGUAGUUUCAUUCGGAUGUUUGUGUUCAGUCAAAAAGCCGCCAUAUUUAUUUGCUAUAUCCGUUGUCACAUGACCCGCUACUCCUGUUCUAAUGUGACAACGGUAAUAAUAUUUAUAGGCCGCAGUACCUCUUACAGCCUUGCUUUGUGUGGCGGAGCUAUAGACUAUUACUGUGUUCAGGCUAACUUCUAGUCGGUGACAACAAAAAUAAAAAUAAAAUCCUAUUUAAAAAAAAAAUAAAGAAAAAUCUUAAAUAGUUUAGGAAAUGUGUGGUUUUAUUUGGUCUCCUAUUAACCACAAUAUCAAUACUUAAAUCGUCUGUGGUUGUUUUCAAAGCUAUACAAUCCAGUGAUUGAAACUGAGUGUAAGCGAACACACUUUCAGCGUAUGAAAAAAAGUUUUUUCAAAUUUGAAGUUCAAUUUUUUUUUUUUCCUUUAAGAUUUAAGUGCAUUUGUCACAAUUUGCUCGUUUCUUAAUGUUCUAUUAGGGUGUUUUUGAUCUUGCAUUGUUUAAAGUCACUCUCGGUAAUUUUCCCCACACCUACAUCAGAAGUACGUGUGUAUGUGUAAAUACAAAUGUAUCAUUUUUGGAGGAAUAUAAAUAUAUAAUUUUUUUUCUUUCUGUUGGAAAUUGAGUAAGACUGAGAGAAAUAUUGAACAUGCGUAAUAGAGCACAGACUGGGAAGCAUUACGUGAUGUAUAAAACUUGUGUAUUUGCAAAGACAAUGUUUCUGUGAAACUCUGUACAUUUGUAAAUAAAGAUAUCAAUAUUUUACCUUGA